UAUAUAUUGCAUGUAUUGUGUAAGAUACUAGAUGCACAAGGUUUUGUUAUUUCUAAUAGCAUUACUUUAUAUACAUAAAUUAUUUUGGUCAAUGUGUUUAUUCAUAACAGCUUAUAACUGAGAGAGGAUGCAGUCAAAGCAAUUCAUCGCUAAUGCCUUGGUCGAAAGCGUUGCUGUGUUGAUCUGGUGUUAGAGCUGGUGAUUGUCUGAUCAGUGAGCAACAAGAAAGUUCUACUGCUAAAAACUCAACACCCAACUUCUGGAAGAAGAUUUAUUGCCUCGUAUCCUCGUAAUGUGAAGCUGUUUGACCAGUCCUGCCCCUUUUCACUGAAAUGGAAGUCCAAUUAAAGGAUGGUGCCAGAUGUUCAUUGUGGCAGCAGACUGAACCACAGCAGGUGCAGGGAAACCUGAUUCGUCCCUUCUUCUUUGAUUAUUCUUUACCCAGUCUGAUUUUCAAGCUGUGUAAUCAAAUACUGGUAAGAUUAUUUUUGUCAUUGAUCAACCAUUGUUUUGCAGCCCUCAGCGUACAGGCCACUGAAGUUCAGUAGUAUGUAGUUUUGGGGAAUGAAAGUCAAAGGCAUUUUCACGAAGCCUGAAGGAGGGCAUGCUGCCUGGCUUCUUUUCUCCUUCGGGGCAAGGAGCUCCUUUGGCUGUGCAUUUAAUUGGAGCGGCCAUGGUAAACAAACAAAGCCGCUAUCUGUUCUUCUCUCGCUUUGUGUACCUUGCAGACACUGUGACUCCACAAACCAGUAGACUAUUCAUGAUGGGUCCAAAGGAAUGAGGCUGAUAGAAUUACGAGACUGCAUGGUACCUAACAAUUUUAUCCAUCUGAUAAGAUUGAUAGGUAUCCUACAACUUCACCUAGACACAGUGAGCCACCUGGCAAAAAGACCUCCUUUUGUACUCUGCGUUUAGGGACGAGACAAUCCUCUGCAGCAGAGCUAAGAGGGAGAGACAAGGGAAGAGAGUGACCAUCAGCUUCUUUGAAAAGUGAUCUGAGCAUGAACAACAUUAGUCAGCUGCCCAGCAAUGCUUUCACCACUCUUCAGUUUUUGGAGGAGCUGCGACUAGCAGGAAAUGAUUUGACGGACAUUCCUGAAGGAGCAUUUGAUGGCCUUGUCAAUCUCAAAACUUUAAUGCUUCAAAACAACCAGCUUCAGGAGGUCCCCAGGGAGGCCUUUAAGAGCCUGCCGAACCUUCAUUCGCUUCGAUUGGACGCGAACCACAUCUCAAGUGUACCACCAGACUGUUUUGGUGGACUGUCCUCCCUGCGCCACUUGUGGCUGGAUGACAACGCUCUGACAGAGGUACCUGUCGAUGCCCUGCGUCCACUCUCCUCACUGCAGGCCAUGACCUUCGCCCUCAACCAGAUCACCCACAUCCCAGACAGAGCGUUUGCCAAUCUAUCAAAUCUGGUGGUUCUGCAUCUCAAUAACAACAGAGUGCUGUCCCUGGGAAAACAGAGCUUUGAUGGGCUACGGAGCCUGGAGACUUUGGACUUGAACUAUAACAGUCUGGAGGAGUUCCCUGUCGCUAUCAGAACCUUGAGGACUUUAAAGGAGCUAGGCUUUCACAACAACAAUAUCAAGUCCAUCCCUGAACAUGCCUUCAUCGGAAACCCGUCUCUUCUAACAAUAUUCUUCUAUGACAACCCCAUUCAAUUUGUUGGUCAGUCUGCUUUCCAGCACUUGCCAGAGCUCAGAACACUGUCUUUAAAUGGAGCAGCAGAUAUCACACAGUUCCCAGAUCUCACAGGCACACAUAGUCUGGAAAGGCUCGCUAUCACAGGGGCAAGAAUCACGUCUCUACCGAGCACAGUGUGUGAACAGCUUCCCAACCUGCAGAUACUAGAUCUUUCCUACAAUCUGAUCCAAUCCCUGCCCAGUCUCCAAGGCUGCAAAAAGAUUCAAAAGAUUGAUCUCCAUCAUAACCAGAUCCGUGAGCUGCAAUUGGACACGUUUCGAGGUUUGCCUUUACUCAAGUCCCUUGGCCUGGCCUGGAAUAAGCUGUGCUCUAUGGAUCCACUCUCCUUCUCUGAGCUGCCAGCUCUCACCAAACUUGACCUGACAUCCAAUCAGCUGUCAUCUUUACCCGUGGUUGAGAUGCCUGUGUUAACUCACAUGAAACUGGCUGGUAAUGUAGACCUGCAAGAGCUCAUUCCUGUCGAGAGAUUCCCCAGACUGAGGGUGAUGGAGAUGCCGUAUGCGUUCCAGUGCUGUGCGUUUCUGAACUGUGAGAAACACGCCAUCGGUUGGGAAAAAGAGAAGAACAGCAGCACUGAUGUGGGGAGGAAAGAUGGAGCUGCCUCUAACCCAGGAGAUCAUGAAUUUGAGGAUCUUUUCCCGGAUCUUGAAGACGACACCGUGUCUCACCACUCAGUCCAGUGCUCCCCAACACCAGGCCCGUUCCAGCCGUGUCUUUACCUGUUUGAGAGCUGGCUUGUCCGCUGUGGAGUUUGGAUCAUUGCCGUCGUGUCGCUGGUUGGUAACGCCAUGGUGAUGGUGUCCAUCUUUCUCUCUCCAACAUUUCUGUCUCCUGUGAAGCUCCUGGUGGGCUUGCUGGCGCUGGUCAACAGCCUGACGGGACUGUGCAGUGGAGUUAUGGCUCUUGUAGAUUCUCUCACCUUUGGUAGCUUCGCUAUGUAUGGUGCUAACUGGGAAAGCAGUACAAGCUGCAAGCUCACCGGCUUCGUGUCGGUUUUUGCCUCAGAAACAAGUGUUUUCCUCCUGACUGUGGCUGCUGUGGAAAGAAGCUUUUCUGUCCAUAACGGCAAAGCGGCGCUGGAUUGUAGAGCAUCCAAAGCAAUGGUUAAGCUAGCAGUGCCGCUUUGCUUUAUCUCAGGAUUGGCUGUAACAUCAGUUCCUCUCCUGCAUGUCGGUGAAUAUGACAUAUCAUCACUCUGCUUUCCUCUGCCUCUUGGGGAACACGCUGGAUUGGGCUCGAUGGUGGUUCAAGUACUGGUCAACUCCGUGUGCUACCUCGUCAUGACCGUCACCUACACGUGUCUGUACUGCAGCUUAGAGAAAGGAGAACACGACAAGCUCUGGGACUGCUCCAUGAUCCGUCACGUGGCCUGGCUCCUUUUCGCAAAUUGUGUCCUCUACUUUCCCGUGGCCUUCCUGUCAUUUUCUGCACUGCUGAAGAUCUCCGCCGUGGGCCCGGACGUGGUCAAAUCGGUGCUGCUAGUGGUCGUGCCCUUACCUGCAUGUCUAAACCCCUUGCUGUAUGCACUCUUCAACCCUCAUUUCAAAGAGGACCUGGGACUCCUGCUCAGACACACUCAGGUGACGCUGCUGAGACGCCAGCACCUGAGCCUGGCCUCGCUCGACUCAGACGAUGCCGAAAAGCAGUCCUGUGACUCCACGCAAGCUCUGGUCCCAUUUACCAGUUUAAACAAACAGACAACAUGUUUGGCCCAGAACACCGAGCCCCAUCAUCUCACCAUGCACUGUGUGUGUACGUCGUAAACGACUUUUUUAAUUGCCCUGUUAAUGAUUUGCCACACAGCACAGUGCAUCAGACACCAUGCAUCAGUGUGUGUGCGUUAAUUAUGCUGCACAUAGACAAGCCGUGUGUGUGUGUGUGUGUGUGUGUGUUGUUUGAGUGUACAUGAGGAGAAUACUGAUGCCUCAUGCUUUGUCCAGACUUUGGCAGGGUCUUAACCUGCAUUUAACUGUCAAAUGGAAAAAUCCCUGACUUUUUUUUUUGCCAAGUUUCCUGCGUAACACAGCAGAAGCCUAACAGCAGUCAUGUUGUUGCUCACAACUUCUUUCUUUUACUUUCUCUGGGCUGCAAAUGACUGUAAAAGUCUAGCACAUUUUCACACACACCACAAACACACACACACACGCCAUACACACACCACAAACACACGCACACGCCAUACACACACCACAAACACACACGCCAUACACACACCACAAACACACGCACGCCAUACAC